UGGAUUGCGCGCAACUUGGGUCUUGUUUAGACUUUGGAGUUACGUUAUUUUUUUUCUUUUCGCAAUCUCUCGACCGCAUAUGGCUGUGUACAAUGUACCCACACUCGUGUCAUCCGGUCUCACCUCUAUUUUCUAAACGAUAAGAGUCAAGAAUGGGACGCGCGUACGGAAAGAUAAAGAAAGGUCGUGCGAGUGGGGAGAUCCUCUUGCGGGUGAGAAGCGGGAGACGCGGGAAGAAGAAAGAAGGGAGAAUCGCGCGGUUGUUCGCCGCGGUUAAGUGAAUCAGUCUGUGUGAAACCGCUCAGUCGAGCGGGAUUGAUUCUGGUUCUUUGAUUGAACGAAGAGAAGAUUGGAGGACGAACCGCUCUAACAGAGUUUUCGCAAUCGUUCGCGAUUCAACAACAACAAAAAAUGAAUCCCGACGUGCGCGAUUGACGGGAGGGGCGGGGAGAUUUCAAUCGGAGAAAGUGAUGAGGUGAUUCACAAGCAAUUUUAUUAAUAGUGCGUGAGGUCACGAGGUUUUUUCUUUUUCAACCACCGCCGAUCGCCGCUCCGUUUUUUCUUCGCCGAUCAGAAGAAGAAGAGAUCGAAAGACAGACGGCGCGACACUCGCAAAUGACAGUCCACCAUAUUGACAAAUCGCUGAAUUAGAAGAUUCCCGAUUCUUGCGAAAGAUGAUCACUCAUCAUCCUCAAGGAUGCCUUCCGAUUUUGCUCAUUGUUGUCGCGGCCGUAACUCUCGUUCACUGCUGCCCGUCGGCAUGCAGUUGCCAGCAGAUCAUAGGCGACAACAUUCUGAUGGAUUGCCAGAUGGAAAAUGACACCGGUUUUACCGUGGAAUUCAAAUCUAGCGAGAGCAAGAUUAAAAUACAAUGCAACAACUCGCCGAAGUGGUCGGAUUUCAAUCUGAAAGCGCCCACGAAAAAUGACUGGAAGAUACUCUCGUUUGUAAUGUGCGAUUUCCCGGGCGAGAGAAGUUUGGGCGAUAUCGCGCGAAUCCUCGAGGCCACGGGAAUAGAAAAACUUUACUUCCAGUCGUACAAAGACCUGAGCUUCACUCUGAAGAGACAUCAUUUGGACGGUUUCCAGAAUUUGAAGGAGCUCAUUCUCUCGAGUAACAAUGUGACUGACGUAAGCAACGAUCUGCUGAGCGGUUUCGGUAAUUUAACCGGACUCAACUUGGUCGAGAACAAUUUGCAUCUGAACAAAGGAUUUUUCGACCAUACGCCGGGUUUGCGCUACGUCGAACUGGGCAACAACAACAUGCGAUCGAUAGAGGUGGGCACGUUCGCGAAGCUAAAGAAUCUGACGUUUCUCAAUCUGUGGAGCAACAAUUUUGUCAAUCUUCGAGCGGAAAGCUUCGACGGACUCGACGGUCUCAAAACGCUCGGUCUUAAUAGAAAUUUCUUGGUCACAUUACCGAAGAACAUAUUCGCGAAUCUGAGCAAUCUCGAGGUGAUCAACUUGUCGAGAAACAACUUCACGGACUUGCCGGCGAGUCUGCUGCGAAAUAACACGAAACUCAAGAACGUCACGCUGACGGACAAUCGAAGAAAUAUGACGCUGCCGCGUGGACUUUUUGCCAAUCUGCCCGAACUAAAGGAUUUGAAGCUGAGACGAAACGGACUUAUCGCACUGCCGGAGGAUCUGAUCUGGGGAUCCUCGUCAUUGAUCAUUCUCAAUUUGGAACGAAACUAUCUCACAACUUUGCCCCCGCUCAUGUUCCGCGACUCGACGGAACUGCUAGAACUGACACUUACUUUCAACGACAUCGAGGAACUGCCUGACAACAUUUUCGCCAACACCACUAAGUUGAGGAAAUUGAAUCUAUCGAAGAAUCGCAUCAGUUACAUAUCCGGACGUACGUUAUACGGAUUAUAUCAAUUGGAAGAACUAAAUAUGGAACAAAAUAAUCUGAAGAUAAUCUCGGAAAACGGUUUUGAAGAUAUGGCGAGGUUGAGAAUUAUCAGAUUGUCUAACAAUCAUCUCGAGUUAAAACCGAUUUUCCAUGACGAAUUCGGACCGAAAUCGCCGUUUUCCGAAUGCGAAUCAUUGGAAGAAUUGUACUUGGUUAACAACAACAUUUCGUUCAUAUUUGGCGACUGGAUACUCAAUACGCGUCUUCAAAUUUUGGAUCUCACAUAUAACAACAUAUCUUUUCUAAAUUUCCGAGACUUGCAGUUUCUGUCGAAAAGUGUCAGAGUGAACUUGUCCCACAACAAAAUACAACACAUCGACUUGCACGAGGCCGAAUAUCUCUCGCAGCUUCAGGAAACUCGUCGCGAUGAAAUAGUAUUUCUGGGAAACAAUCCGUUGGACUGCGAUUGCGGCGUGUACGAUCUUCUGCGUUAUCUCGAGGGCAAAAUACACCCAAGCGUGCACAAAUCCGUUCACAUAAGAGUGGAAAAUUUAACUUGUCAAAGCCCCGACGACUUGAAAAACGUGUACAUUACCGAUUUAAAAUCCAAUCUAUUAAAGUGCCUGGCUCCCACGUGUCCCGAAGAAUGCGUCUGUUAUUUCAAACCCGACGGUAAAACGUUUAUACUCGAUUGCUCUUACAAAAAUUUAAUUAAGAUACCAAGCGACGCGAACAUUACAAACAAUUUCAAACAAUACGAAUUGAAUUACACCGGUAACAAGUUGACGACAAUGCCGGAUUUGACUAGAUUGAAAAUCGGACCGGUGAAAAAUCUCAGCUUGUCUCACAACAGCAUCAGUCACGUUACCUUAGACGGACUGCCCGAUACGCUAGAGGUCUUGGAAUUACACAACAACAACAUUUCGAGACUGAGUCACGACGUGUUGGAAUUUCUGAAGAACUCUUCGAUAACUCGGCUGACGCUACACGAUAAUCCAUGGCAAUGCGACUGUGAAGCUAAAGAGCUUCUUAAUUUUAUCAUACAGAGAACGGAGCACGUGACGAUACCCAAUCUAUCUCAAGUGAUCUGUUACGGCAAGAAUAUGUCUCUGUUGGAUAUAAAACCGCUUGAUCUUUGUUUAUUCGACACAACUGUGAUCAUUAGUUGCAGUUUAACGAUUUCUCUCCUCGGAUUGAUCAUCGGCACCUUUGGGCUGUUCUAUUACAAGUACCAGCGACAGAUCAAGGUGUGGCUGUUCGCGCGCCAGUGGUGCUUGUGGUUCGUGACGGAAGAGGAACUCGACAAGGAGAAAUUGUACGACGCGUUUGUGAGUUAUUCGCACAAAGAUCGCGAGUUUGUCGAAAACGAGUUGGUGUCCAAGCUCGAGAGCGGCCCGACCCCGUUCAAGCUGUGUCUUGAUUAUCGGAAUUGGUUAGCGGGUGAGUGGAUCCCGGAGAAUAUCGCCAGAUCUGUGGAAGAUUCCAAACGAACGAUAGUGGUGCUGUCGCCGAACUUCUUGGAAAGCGUCUGGGGAAGAAUGGAAUUUCGCGCCGCUCACAGUCAGGCGUUGAGCGAAGGUCGCGCGAGAGUGAUAUUAGUUCUGUACGGCGAUAUCGGACCCACCGACAAUCUCGAUCCGGAAUUGAAAGCGUACAUAAGUAUGAACACUUACGUCGAGUGGGGGGAUCCCUGGUUUUGGGAUAAAUUAAGAUACGCGUUGCCUCAUCGAACCAAGCAACUGUCGAAGAUCAGCACCGCCGGGAAAAAGAUCUUCGAGAAUCAAUCGUUGUAUCUUCAAGCGAACGGGGAGAAGAAGGAGCUUAUCUUUCCAAUCGCAUCUACCGAGACUUCUCCGACCACCACACCACCAGCCGAUACGCUUAAGACGUUUAUAUGCGACGAGGAGGCGGAAAAUAAAAACUCACAGUUGAACGGAUUCUCGCGGAAUUCGGGUAAGAUGAACGGCAACGUUAAGGUAAUCCUCUCGCCAGAACAGUUAAUCAAAAUCAGUCCUGUAAUCGGCAACAGAGAAUGUAUGAUUUGACAGCAAAUGCAUGAGAAUACAUGCAAAAUAUUUUUGUAUGACACACGCGAAAACGUACCAACGCCAAAACACUUAUGAUAUUCUUCUUAAAGAGAUUUGAUCUUAUAACUUAAGAAUCUUCUUCUGAGAAAUUACACACUCGAAACAUUCCAAUUAUUCGCAAGCCGUGUAGAAGUUUAAUAAUAAACACAAUAUAAAGUCAUGGAAAAAUUUUUGACGUCAAAACUGUCUAAAGAGCAUGUGUUGCUGUAAAUUAUACAAUCACGAAUAUUCGCAUAUUAAUAUGUAAUUGCGUGUAUUAAUACGUAAUUUUUUCUAUUCCGUAAGUGUCAUAUUCAACACGUUAUAAUAUUUUUCCGUAUGAUAUUUUAAAUCUUAGAUGUAUUUUAUAUAAGUAGUUUGUAUACAAAAAUACUCAACAAUUACUUAACGUAUUGUGAUGCGCUAUCUUCAGUCGCAAAAACACACACGAAUGUACACAAUGCAAUAUACACACACACACAUAUAUAUAUAUAUAUAUGUAUAAAAACAA